UUCAGUAAGCUUCAACCUCAUUCAAAAUGAAGGUAGCUCUAUUAUUUUUGGCCCUGAUCGGAGUCACCCAGGCAUCGGGUCUAUCGAGCUACUUAGGACAGUAUGAGUCCUUUAAAGUAGAGUAUAAUAAAGUCGACAAGGAUUUCAGGGAGGAGCGAGAGCGCCUGUUUGUUUUUCUGAACAACAUGCAGACUAUUACUGAACACAAUAAACGUUAUGCAGCCAAAAAGGAGACCUACGAAAUGGGGGUGAAUCAAUUUACGGAUCUGCGACCCGAGGAAUUCGAAAGACUUAUGCUCUCAAGCAUCAAUGUCACUGACUUGGAAUCUGACAUCGAUUACACUUUUAGUGCUUCCGAAAAUGUAUCCAAUCCGACUAGUAUUGACUGGCGUGCCAGGGGUGCAGUUACCCCUGUCAAGAACCAGGGCUCCUGUGGCUCCUGUUGGGCUUUCUCUGCAACCGGUGCCCUGGAGGGUCAUCACUUCAUUAAGACCCGUCAGUUGGUAUCCCUCUCCGAACAGAAUUUGGUGGACUGCACCAGAGGGUCUCCUUACAAUAACCAAGGCUGCAGAGGAGGCUGGCCAUCUAGCGCGUUGACCUAUGUUAAGAACAACGGUGGCAUAAAUACCGAGAAAUCGUACCCCUAUGUAGGUAAGGACAUGAGGUGCCGCUUCGAUAAAAACAACAUUGGGGCCAAGGUCGUUCGUGUUGUCGGAAUUAAAAGUAGUGAUGAAUCGCAAUUGACCAAAGCAGUUGCCGAAAAGGGUCCAAUUUCUGUGGCUGUCGAUGCAAGAUUAUUUCAACAUUAUAGAGGUGGCGUCUUUAAUCAAGCGUCGUGUAUUGGACGUGUGAACCAUGCUGUUCUUGUCGUUGGCUACGGUUCCGAUAAAAACGGAGGCGACUACUGGAUAGUUAAGAACUCCUGGGGAACGAAUUGGGGAGAAAAUGGAUACAUUCGCAUGGCUCGCAAUCGGAGAAAUCAGUGUAAAAUUGCCAGCUAUGCAGUUUACCCCGUGGCUUAAAGAGCUUUUCAAUCAACAUAAUUUCAUCAUUUAAAAAAGAAUUGUAAACUUCUAAAUAUAUAAACUAUAUAUGCAAUUGAGAA